GGAGCAUGCUUUAAUAGAGAAAGUAUGCAAUGUUCAUAUAUGCUCCAGCUCCAACCCCCAUCAUACUUCAACAGGGGUAUUCGUGAGCAAACGAGGAUUACGGCAGACAAACGUAAGGGAUCACACACAAACAGAGUGCGAUAGAGGAAAGGAGGGAGGGGAAGAGGGAGAGAAAGAACGUAAGGAGGCAGUGUCCAGUUUAUUCCAAGGCUAACAGCAAAACCAACUGGUGGGGGAGCAAGGUACCAAUCACGGCUAUAACCUCUCCCUAACCCUCUCCCCUGAGGCCUGAGCUCUGGGCAUCCAAGCCCACACCCCCAUUUCACUUCGCUGGUGGACAGACACAGGGAUGAGCAACAGUGGGACCAAGGAGCCGUCACCACAGCCAGGAGUGGCCCAAUCACCUGCCUCCACACCUCCACGCAGGGGCCGGGGACGCCCACGGAAACAACAACAGGAGCCCACUGGCCCCCCAACUCCAAAGAGACCCAGAGGACGACCCAGAGGAAGUAAGAACAAGGGGCCUCGUGCCACACCCAAGAAAGUAGAGCCAGUCGGGGAGAGAAGACCUCGGGGCCGGCCAAGGAAAUGGCCCCAGAAAGUAGUUCAAGAGGUGAUCCAGGAACAGCAGAGUCCUUCAGAAGAAACUGAGGGCCCCUCACAGUCUCUGCCAGCUGAGGCUUCGCCAUCUCAGGCUCCAGCCCAGGAAGUGGCAGAGGGGGAGUAGACAAUGUGCCACAAAACUACCUCAAGGUUUGGGCAGAGACAAAGAGGUGUACAAUCUAACCUCCAUUGUCUUGAGGAUUCCAAAAACAACAGAUAAUAGCCCUGCUUUGUAGAACAGUAGGCCUGAUGGUGGUAUUGUGACUGGAGUCUGUCCAGCACUGAGGCUGGGUCAAUGAUGGACAUAGCUUUGGUCAGUUGAUCGAUUACUUAGGAUUCGGGUCAGUGGGUGGGGCUGUUCAGAGAUUGGUUGAUGCGUGCGUGUAUGCGUUUGUGGUGUUAAUGGUGGGGAGGGUUUAAAAAAAAAAGGAUGCAGCUGCUGUCAUUAAAUGUGACUGACAUUUCAAAACACAUUACCGGGACAAGAUUCAUGACCCAUUUGAUCCUAUUGUCACACGAGAGCUCGGCUCAAACGUAACUGUCUGUCCUGAUUGUGAAGAAUCACGGGGAUAUUUUGUUAGAUAUACGUUGGAAUGGGAAUACAUGAACGUGAACAGAAUUAAGUCUGAACUCAACAGUGACAUGACUUCACAUCACACAUCAGGUUUUGUUUUUACUACAUUGCUCUAACCACACUCAAUAAAACCUUAGGGGGCCAUACUUGCGAACGUUAGAACAAGUUUUUGUUCAAGUUUAAGCAUCUGCCAAUUUAAAUUGUUGACAUAGUUGGAUAUGAUCAAAUGCUACACGUUGGCUGUUCCCAUUAAAUAACCUGGCACAUUUAGCCCUAUGCUAACCUCACCAGGUGGCAGUGAUUAUUUCCUGUAACAAAUCCUGCAUCUGCCUAUCAAAGAUCUUAAACUUUUUCUACACAAACCAAUGGCAUUUCUUAAAAUAGGUGAACUUGCCCAGAGGGGUAUAUUUAAACCUCCAAAUUCAAGGUUGACUUUUGUUCCACUUCACUUGGUCUCUAGUGUAGAGUGACGAUAUUGCAGGAUCAUCGCGUCCUUGACUAGGCUACUCACCAACGUUACGUUAGACAAAGCUUGUUAUCACACAUAUAACAAAAUCGUAUGUUUUUGCUUGUCCAUUCCACAUACAUCCAUGUGCUUUUUACAGAGAAAAUGUAAAGGAGGUCUAUGCAACAUUGAUCGUACAUCGUCAAAAAAGUAUUUACAAAAUAUAGAACUUUGAAAAUACAUAGUGUCACAGUGUGAUGUGUUCUGCAAUACGCAUCAUACUGAGACACUUUCUGUAUUUUAAAGUUCUACAUCUUGAAAACUCAAUUGCUGACAUCAACAGUGAAAGAAAUACCUAAAGGUAGUUUUGUGAGUAGAAUCUUCCUUUAAUAAUACAUAUAUAAUAUUGUACGUAUAAGUGCAGCCUACAUAAGAAAUUAAGUGGUGUUUUUGGUCUAACAGUAAUCUUAUACGAUGAUAUUAUAUUCGGUAUGUUAAGCCUAUGCAAAAUACAAAUGAAUCAUUAAGUGUCUUGCGAGACACCGAUUCAGCUUUGAUCCAAACUUGAUUAAACAAGCACCAUUCUGGGAGGUGGUGGAGCGCCGUUCUGACACUGGCAGCACUACACCCCGUGCGUAGCAGUAGCCUACGUGUCGGUCUGCAAGAGGGACUCCAAAAAGUUCCUCAUUAAAGACAUUUGUAAAUCUUAAUUUACAAGGUUCUGGCUGCACUACACACUAUCACAAUAAAUGUCAUUCAACAUUUCAAAGGAAGAAAACAUUAUCUCCCCUGGGAUUCAAGCUUGCCGCAAACGGCAAAUGGUACCAGGAACCAGGCUGGCGACACUGUGAGCUAAUUGUCCACUUGAAGUUGCUUGUGUUGUUUCAGUAACUUUGAAUAGCAGAUCCUGACCUUUGACUUCUGUUAAGGGCGCUUCCAUGGACAAGUGUUGGAUAAUGUCCAAAUACGUAUUUUGAUUAGCUGAUACAGAAUUUCAACCAGAUAUAAAUACACAUAUAUACAGCCACCUGGUGAGCUUAGCAUGUGUCAGGUUAUGUAAUGGGAACAGCUAACAUGUAGCCAGCCUUUGAUCACGUACAACUACAUCAACGAUUUUAAUUGGCUGAUGCUUAAACUAAAACUUCAACCUGUUCUAUUGUUCACAAGUAUGGCCCCCAGGUAUUUUUUGACAUAAUAUGGCUAUUCAGGUGUGAUUCAUGUGUUAUUCUACUCAGUUAUGAUAUUAUUCCAUUUUUAUUGUGUAUUUCUGAUCUGUUUUUGACAUUCACAAUAUUACUUGACACACAUAAACCUCAUUAAGACCAUAACUCACCUCAGUUCCUUUGCCUUUCAGUCUACCUCAGUCACAGAAAAGCAGAGGAGAACUCUUUAUAGCCUCUCCCCAUACCAAAAAAACAAACAAAGACACACACACACACACACACACACACACACACACACACACACAGACACACACACACACACACACACACACACACACCUACUCAGGACAAUCCCAUACACACUGUACCCACUAGCCUCACACUCUCACUUCCACUUCCAUGCUGACUGACUCUUUAAGCGGGUCCCAGCAGCAGCCUUUAGUGGUAAUGCUCUGAUGAAAUAUCUGAGAUAAGACUUGGGUCUAGAUUCUAUCAGAUCCGUGCUACAUUCACAUAGCGGUUGUUUUUGGAGGGGGAACUGCGUUGGAGUUGUCAAAUCCACAAGCGGCUCCCUGAGUUACCUUAUCGCGGACACUGCCAUUAGAUGGAACGAAACCACACCCGGCUUUAUAUCCAACAGAUCUAUCAUGGAUCAUUUCUAUCAUGGAUAGAGCCUACACUUUCUAUCGCCUUUUGGGGCUAACGCAGGGAUAGGGAUAAUAAGGAAGGGAAGGGUUGGUGGCACACAUGAUUAGUUAGCUCCUACCGUAGUAAUACUGGACCUCUAACUCUGCCAAAACAUCACCUAUGCGGAUGUCGGUUAACGUGGGUUAACACUCGAUCUGAUUGAAUCGAGACCUUGGUCUAUCUACCUGGGUUCAAAAUGACCCAAUAUUUUACUGUUUACUGUAGUUGGUUACUUACUCAUGACUUUAAAAAAAACAUUUUUUUAUCACGACCUCUGUAAGCCCUUACAUUUUUCCCUCUCUUCACUUUUUACGUAAGAUACCAUGCGAUCAUUAUUUAAUUUCAAGCUUUCACUUUCACACUACAGAUGUGUUGCAUUAACAAUCCUAACAUUAGUUGAAUUGAUGUCAGUGAAGUGACGUGAAAUAGUGAGUUAACAUUUUGUUUUGGAUCUUACUGUAAUGUAUUUCUGGAGUGCGUGGACUUAUCCACGUGCAAUCUUUUUCUUAGGGAAAGUUCAAGAGUUUAGUUUUCUGUCAAUUGCAAGUUAGAUAUGUCUGUGAGUCUUUUCCAACCUAGACUUUUUCUCUUGAUACUUCACCUCUUUGGAUGGCAUCACUGUUUGCGCUGUGGACUACCUCUGAAACUAGUCUGCUUUGGCCCUCAGAGGGGUGACUGGCUGGUUUUUAGCUUUGCUUGUCCCCUGCAAUCUUACCAUAGCUAUGGAACAACUAUAUCAGAGGUCCACUCAUCUCACGUUGUCCUUAUCAGCAUACUGUAUAUAGAUGUAGGAUCUUAAUUUGAUCACAUUUUUGUUGCUGAGAUUUUCCCUUGCACUGCAGGAAAUGCAAACUUGUAGUAUAUGAGAUUGAAAAAGGCUUCUUAAGGUUGUGAAUUCCACUUUGAAAUUUCAGACUUGAUUUGCCCUAAUGAAAAAUGUAUCAAACCUUACAAAAAUGUAAUCCACAUAAGAAUUCAAAUUUCUUGUUGCUGCAGGUUUAUGUUUCUGCUGUAGCAAACUGGAUCAAAUGAAGAUCCUACAUCUGUAGGUAAAUACACCCAAAGUACUGUACUAUGACGUCAGUAAGAGUGCCUCCUAACCUAACCACAGUCAUACCUCAGCAAUGUCAGGAUAGCCACUAUCUAUAUUUUAAUCACAGUGUUGCUCUAAAUGAGCUGACUGAUAUUGAUAUAUUCAGUAUAAACAUUUUAGGAGUUUAUUUCAUGUACUUGCUGUUAUGCUUUAUUGUAUGAGGGUUUUUAAAUAUUGAAUAGAGUAGUUAGGUUCUCUUAUCUUGUAACAUCUCCAGUUUUAAUCUUUUUUGUGUUUGCGAUCGAUGAAAAGGUCUCCCUUUUUAUUUUAGUCUUUCAUGUAUUGUUUUGAUUUAUUUUAGAUUUCAAUCCAUUUUGAACUUGAAUACGCAACUCAAAUGGCUGUUUUCUCAUUUGACUCUGAUCUGUCUCGCUUCAUUGUGUGUUUGCAUGAGUAUAGAGGUGCUACUUGGUCUUUCUGUUACCAAUAAAAAAGGUUCACAUA